AAAUUAUUAGGAAAUUCACUCACCACUAUCAGCUUUCCUGGAUGCAUAUUGGAAUUUUCUCGAGCCACACCUCCCCAAGGCUAAAGUACAAGCUAUUAGCUAUGCCAGGUUUCAACCGUUUAACUCACAGUUAGUUACCUAAGGAGGAUUCUCAGCACGUGAAAUGUAUGAAGUUGGCGGAGUGGACAGUGGCCGCGAAAUGCAGAGUGAAUCGGCAUCUAAAACGCUUCGUGUCUCGCAAUUGAUCAAGGUGUCAGGAUGAUUGGAUUUGCCGAACAUGCUGGUUCGACCCCGUUACAUGAAGCACCAGAAUCAACUUUAAGAGAAAAGGAUCCUCCUGUUCAAAAGCAUUCCGUGCAUACCCUUGUAUUCCGAUCUUUGAAGAGAACUCAUGACAUGUUUUUGUCGGAUCACUCUGCGCUUCCUCCAGUUUCAGAAAAUGCAGAGAAAAUAUGUAAAGCAGUGAAAGCUAAAGAUCAGUAUGGAUCCGUCAUCGCAAUAGUUGAGAAGCAAAGACGAGAGUUGGCCCAGGAGGGGAUUACAGAUAUGCACCAUAAUGAAAAUGGAGGAUUUGUCAGCAAUAAAGAUGGAAUGGCUGCUGAUGGAUCGGUCAAGUCAUCCGGCGACACGUCGUUGGCACUUUUUACGCAAAACAAGGCAAUGCUACCUGUUGGAUUAGAUGGAGCGUCGUCAACAGGAAAGAUGCCAACGUCUCUUGUUUCUCAAAAGAAAUUAUCUUCAAUGCCCAAACCAAAGUGGCACCCGCCUUGGAAACUUCAUCGCGUCAUCAGUGGUCAUCUUGGUUGGGUUCGUUGCGUCACUGUUGAACCAGGGAAUGAGUGGUUUGCCACUGGAGCAGCAGAUCGUGUUAUUAAAAUUUGGGAUUUAGCUAGUGGAAAACUCAAGUUGUCUUUAACUGGACAUGUGAGCACUGUUCGAGGUCUUGUUGUAAGUCCCCGACACCCAUAUUUGUUCAGCUGUGGUGAGGAUCGACAAGUUAAAUGCUGGGAUCUGGAGUAUAACAAGGUUAUCAGACACUAUCAUGGACAUUUGAGCGCUGUGUAUGGAAUAUCCCUACAUCCUACAAUCGACGUCUUGAUUACGGUGGGUCGAGACAGUGUGGGACGAGUAUGGGACAUGCGAACAAAGGCCAAUAUUCAUACGUUGUCCGGCCACACGAAUACUGUGGCGUCAGUUUUAACUCAGGCCGUAGAACCACAAGUUAUCACUGGAUCUCAUGACAGUACCAUUCGACUCUGGGAUUUGGCCUCUGGAAAAUCAAUGGCUACCCUGACCAACCACAAGAAAUCUGUGAGAGCACUUGCGAUGCACCCAGAUUUAUACAUGUUUGCUUCCGCAUCCACGGACAACAUUAAACAGUGGAAAUGCCCCAAAGGAGAAUUCAUUCAAAAUCUUUCUGGCCAUAAUGCUAUCAUUAAUGCAUUAGCCGUUAAUCAGGAUGGGGUUUUGGUUUCCGGAGCGGACAAUGGAAGUCUUAAUUUUUGGGAUUGGCGGACUGGUUACAAUUUCCAAAGAAUACAAACUCAAGUUCAACCUGGGUCAAUGGAUUCAGAAGCUGGCAUAUUCUCAAUGACUUAUGACUUAUCUGGAACUAGGCUAAUUACUACAGAAGCUGAUAAAACCAUUAAAGUUUAUAAGGAAGAUGACGAAGCCACAGAGGAAUCGCAUCCAGUGGACUGGAAACCCGACAUUUUGAAAAGACGUCGAUUUUAAAUUUAUUAUGAAUUGUUGUUAUCAGUUUGUAAGAAUUCAUUUAUAUGUAUGUUGUUUUACUUCAAAUAUUUUUAAAAAUACAAAGAUAAAAUUCCUUUACACCAA